CUGAAAUUACUACAUUAACCAAAUUUAAUUUUUAAUCUACAAGAAAUUAAUAGAAUGUACAAAACAAUUAUACUGCGUGAUGGGUGUUAAAUAAAAAAUACACGAUUUACAGAACCGAGGAUCGGUGGUCCCGCGUCUUCCUGGAAACGGUUGCUAACAACAGAUACAGCUGGCGAGUUUAACUCACGCUAAACUUCUUAAUUGGAUAGACAACUAACACUAAGGGAAUCGCAAGCAAGGAAAACAGGAACGUGUUUGAUUCUCACAGGUAAUGCUGUUUAACUUGCUACUACGUUACAUUUCGUUAAGAUACAUUUCUGUAGUUAACAGUAUAUACGGGUUUUCUAUCGCCGAAGUUUGACUGGAUGACAGCUAGUUUAGCUAGGAAAGAUAUAUAAUGAGGUUGAUUAAUAGUGCCAUGAUUCUCUUUUCAUCUGAUGCAUAGCUGGCGACAGUGCUGGGUAUGUUGCGUAUUAUCAAAGAGCGGCUGCUUGUGCAGGGAGCGCGUCAGUAUUACGGGAGAAAUGAGUGUCCGAAGUGCGCCGUUCGCGUCAUGUCUAAUACAGGAGGGGUGCCUCUGGUGCUAAUGACAGAUACCACAAUGGAGAACAGAGAGACAACAGCCAUGUAAUAAUUUCACCGCCAUGCCGCGUGGAAGAUCAGCAGUGAGCAUCCACUCCGACAGCAGCGAUGUCGACAUCGAUGGCGUUGCGGACUCUGAGAUGGCCAAACUCCUCAGGCAGUUCCGGAUCAUGGAAGGAGAUCGACAGGCGUAUGGUGUUCAGGCGCAGGAGCUGAUUCGGCGACAGCGGCUGGAGAUCGAGAAGCUGCAGAAGGAGCAGCAGGAUCUACAGCACAGCCUGCGUGCGUCGGAGAGUCUGUCCCAGCGGCAGAGAGAUGUCGCUGCUGCACAGGCCAUGCGCGGCCUGCUGGAACGCUGCGAUGGGGUGGAUGCACAGCUGGAGCAGGAGAGGCAGAGGCUUGCACAGAUGGAGCAAGAGAUUGUCAGUACUGAGAGGCAGCUAACAGCUGUGAGGAGAUCAGGGAACUCUGCAGAUCCUCAGCUGAGAUCAAAGGCAUACCAGAAAGAGAAGGUCACACGGACCCUGGAGAACAAGCUGGACCGAGCCCUCGUCCGCUUCAAUGAGCAGUUGGGCAAAAAUACGCAGUUGAGAGCGGAGCUGGAGACCCUACGUGUGGAGCGAAUCCGAUUCCAACAUCUGCAGCGCAAGCUGGACAAGGAGCUACAGGACAUCCACAGGGACAUAGGGGAGGUGAUCAACCAGUCCACCAAUGCCUAUGAUUCCAGGGUGGAGGCACAGUCCAAGAUGGUCAUUCUGAAGGAGAAGGCGGUGAGGGAUCUGACCCAGUACAGCGCAGAGAUGAAGGAACUGGAGAGGAACAUGGCCCACGAGCAGGACUUGAAGGUCUUCAUGAGCACUAAGAGCAAUGAGAGGAACAUUCAGGAAGGAGGUCUGAGGCCUGGUCGUCGUCAAGGGUCAGAGCCACAGGAGCAAAGGCGGGCGGAUUCAAGGGAGCUGACCAUGGACUCUUUGGAGGAGAUGUUCCUCAAGAUCCACAGUGUGACAGGAGAGGAGGAUCUGGAGCUAUUGGUUACCAAGUUUAUCCAGGUGGAGGACCGCAACUUUGCCCUCUUCAAUUACAUCAACGAGCAAAACAAUGAGGUGGAAGCUCUGCAGGACCAGAUCGGCCAGGUUCAGCGGGAGAUGGAGGAGUUUCAGGCAGAGGGGCGGGCGCAGGAAGCGAAGCGACACAGCCGCCUGAGGGACUUCGAGGCAAAGCUGCGUGAAGCAGAGUCGCAAGCACAGGCCUUCGAGAGCCAGGCCACGGCAGCCAGCAAGAUUCUGGACCAGCUCAAGACAGGGGUGUGCCAUCUCUUCCAUGAGCUUAACUGCGACCGUUCAGUGAUCGAGGACAUGCUGGACUCCUCUGCCGGGAUCACGGACAACAACAUCAUGAACUACUUGACUAUGGUGGAACAGAAGACCAAUGAGCUCCUCACCAUUCAGGCCUUCCUCAGCUCCAAGGACAUCGAUAACGAAUAUGAUGCAAAAGAUGUGGCUCAGAUCCUGCUGGGUCAGGGUCCAGACAUGCCAUCCCAGAACGUGCUGGUCCAACCGCCAGGUUCUGGGGAUGGUUAUGACACAGAAGAAUCCCUCUUGACUGACGAAGACGAACGACCUCUGACCCGCCAAGAGCUCCGCCAGCGAAUCAUGAAGGGAGUCCUGAGGAAGGACAGGGGCAUCCGUUUGGCCGUAGGGAAGGAAUCCAGAUCCUCGAGGAUCGACUUGGUGUCCAGCAGUCACCUGCGGUUUCAAGAAGCUGAUGUUACCAUCUCGCCCCCUCCUUGCUGAGAGCACGAUUUUCCCUCCCCAUGAACCCACCGCGGAGUACACCCAGGCCCCCAGAGUCGUACCAUCCCAGAGCAGGUCCAGGAGACCAGAAGGCUUCAUUGCCAUCUGUCCAUUAAUCAUUAAUCUAUUACUUUUGGCAACUGUCACAUUGGAUGAUUACAGAAAGGAGGUUUGCAUUUGAUUCAUCAGACGUUUACUGAAAUGAGAAAAAGAGAGGUUCCAUUAGCUCAUCAACGUUUGUUUAGCAACCCAAGGUCAAAACAGACAAAUAAUACAGCUGAGCUUUGGGCCAAUCAGAACACAGUGUGGUAGUUAUGUGUCCAAAUGUGGACCCACCGUUGUUGUCAUGGUGAGAGCACAGUUCACAAUGUGAGCCACACACUUCCCAAGUGUCCUUUAUAAAAUAAAUAGACAUGGCUGCACAUAUGGUGCAGUACUACUUCACAACACUAGGGGGAAAUAUAAUCCUUGUGUGAACUAAACCUGUAGUAUUCAAUAGAAUGUUCAAUAGAUAGAUAGAUAGAUAGAUAGAUAGAUAGAUAGAUAGAUAGAUAGAUAGAUAGAUAGAUAGAUAGAUAGAUAGAUAGAUAGAUAGAUAGAUAGAUAGAUAGAUAGAUAGAUAGAUAGAUAGAUAGAUAGAUAGAUAGAUAGAUAGAUAGAUAGAUAGAUAGAUAGAUAAUUACAACAAUUAAAGUGUCGAAUACAAAUGGUGCGUUUCUUGUUAUUUCAGCUUGUCUUUAAGACAGAUUUUUAAUGCAUAUCUUAAUAAACAUACAUUCAUGUCCUGCAAGUAAAAAAUAAACAAAGAAGGAAAGUCACACUAACACUAUAGCAUUUUUGCCUCUGUGGGUUUGAGUGUGACUCUGUGUCAUACCCGGCUCGUACGACGCCACGCCCCCUGAUUAUCCACGCGUGCUUCCCCGAUCGUACCCAGCUGUGUCUGAUUAUGUUAGCCCAGUCUUGUGUAUUUCAGUCCGUGUCUUGCCUUGGUUCCCUGUCCAUCAUUGAUGUUGUCAAUGUCCAUACGCGUAGUCUCUCCCAUUCAACCCUGUGCCCUAAUAAACCCCGUUGUUCCCCGAA